UCCGCAUUCGCUGCAGACUUCGUCACGAAAUUCCGCUUACUUUCUUCGGUCUCAUGGUGAUUACCCUUUCCCUUCCAAAACCCCAAAGGAGUUCCGCUUUGAAUCCCACAUUCUAUUGUAACUUUAAGGGAGGGUGGGUGGAUAUGGAGAUGGAUGUGGAAGAAGUGGAACAUAAAGAAGUGCCAAAAUGUGAAUCUGAGGUAUUAUGCAUGCAAGAUUUGGUAGGUUGUGAAUGCAGUGAAUUGGACGAGAGGAGUAAGAAAGCUGAAGCGAGGUGUGUUGAGUUGGAAUUGGAUAUUCAAAAAAAGAAGAGUGAGUACGAAGCGCUUGAGACCAAAUUUAGGGUGUUGGAAGCUGACAAGCUUGCAAUUGAGGAUGAACUUAAGGCAUUGAAGAGGGAGAAUGAUGAACUUAACAAGCUUGUUAGUGGCCUUGAAGGUGAAAGGAAGGUUAGUAGUGGAAGCGAGAGGGAUAUGGAUAGGAUUGUUGAUUUGAUAGAGGAGAAUUGGGAGGAAGAUAAGAUUGUUCAGCUUUUGAUUGAGAUCAGGGUUUUGGAAUGUGAGAAGGAGAGGGCCGAGAGUGAGGUUGAGGUUUGGAAAGAAAAGUUCAAGGAGUUGGAGUCGCUGGUUUUAGUGUUAAAUGAGAAUUCAGUUUUGAGAUGUGUAGAGUGGCCAUUGAUUGGUGGGAAAAAAAGGGGUUUUGGAUUACAAAAUGUUACUCAUGAUGUGAGAGUGAAGAAAGAAGCAGUUGAAGCAAUUGAGACUUUGGUGAAGGUUGGCUCUACUAUUUGUCAUUCCCCUGGUAAAGGAAUUGGUGAUCUGCAAGCAGCAGGCACGCCUUUUAAUGACUUUACAUAUAGCAAAGAUGCUUGUAUCAAGGAAGAAAAGAAAGGUCUCUGUUUGGCAUACGGUAGACAAGUUAGAAAACAAUUGUCAUUCGAAGAAGCUAGGAGCCCCAGCAAAAAGUUGGCUCCAUCCACGCCAGCUGGUGCUAGACCAGCUUCUCUUGGCAUCAUUGAUAGCAGUGAUAGUGACGAUGAGCAAACUACCCAUAUCCUAUUACCUACUUCUAAUGAUGAGACAAUCGACAAGGUUCACAUUUCAGAUGAUUGCAAAUUAGGAUUAUCUAUGGGAAGUGAAAAAGAAAACAUUCAUGGGAAUAGUUUGAAACAGAUACAUUAUGACGUGAAUGCUGAAGAAGAUAAGGAUGCUUGCAAAGAGAACCUUUUGUUUACUCUGACGCCCAAAAGAAAACGAGCUUCUAAUAUUGUUACUAGUGACACUGAGAGUGACGAGGAUGAUAAUGUUCCGAUCUCUAAACUCAUUUCUAAACUCAAGCGGCUGCGUCUCCGGGAAAAUGUUCCUGAUGAAGUAGGUUCUGAUUUGAAUGACUGCUCAGUGACUGUUACUUCUCUAGGUGACAAUGUCAAGGGUAGUGUUACCCCUCAAAGGCAGCAUCUGAUGAGUUUAAGAAAAUCUGUAGGAAAAGGUGGGGCGGAAAGAAACUCUUCAAGUCAGGUCAGUAAAACUAAAUAUGAUCGAGGAAUCCCAACAUGUGAGGAUGCUGAAGAUGAUGAUUCAGAAGAGUUUGGGUCAGACAGCGAGGGUGAAAGCUUGGGUGGAUUUAUUGUCAGUAGCUCUGAUGUUUCUGAUGCAGAUGAUGCUUGUAGUGAGACACAAGAUGUAUCAGAUGAAACUAUGGACUUUGAUGAGAUCUUGUCCAUACUUCAACGGAAGAAAGAUCAGAAAUUAAAAUGGGAGUUUGAGGCGGAUAUGCUUGCAGGCUUUGGAAAGGAUACUGAAUUGUGCAUGAAGGCUGUAUGUGCUCUCUAUCGGCAGCAAACUUCUGAGGAAAAAUCCAGCAAGGAAGCAUUUUACUCCAAUCACCGAGGCUUUGACAAGUUUGAUGCUCCAAGGGGCUCUACUUUGGCCGAGUUUCUCACUGGUGGAGACCCAGGAGGUGAUGUUAAGAAAUCUGUCAAGGAGUUGCAAGAGUAUGGCCCCGAGGCAGUGCAGCUGUGCAGAAGAUUGGCAAAUCACUACUCAAAGCAAUUGUUUGAGAUCUACAAGAACAAAGAGGAUCCUCUCUUUCUCCCUUCUUGACAUGACCUGCAACAAAUUGAAAGCAAAGAUGUUACUGGUCAAAAUCCUCCAUAGAAGUGUUUCCUCGAGAAUGGUGUUCCUGUUGGUUUUCCAUUCUCUGCUAGGCCUUAUUGUUUUGUUGUAUAUAUGAUUUAAGUGAAUUUUAUGUAUGUCUAUCAGAAGAAAAGGUCACAGGAAAUCAUUCCUACGAACAAGCUUCCUAGGUUGUUUGUAUAAAUCAAUGUAAUACUAUAAUUUUCUGUCGUCUAUAA